GUUAAGUUCAACAUAAAGCACCCAUGCUAAGAAAUUACAUUAUAAAUUCAGCGUUGAAAUAUAAAUAAAUGCUAACAAUUAUGCUUUCUGGGAGGAGAAACUGUUUGUGGGUGAAAGAACAUAACAAUAAUAUUUCCGUUUAUCUGAACGUAAAUGUUAUUCCACGGAAAGAAGGAAUUGCUAAAUAUCGUUGCAUGUUUUCCACCAUCAUCAGUGAAUAUUACAAAUUGCUAAUUAUUAUUUAUUUACUAAAGUAAGUCAAGAACAACCGAUCAGUCACGAUUUCCCCCCAUUAUUAUUAUUAUUAUUACUACAACAGGAUAAUCAAACUAUAUUUUACAGUGUAUUUCAACGUUUAUUUUACAUAGGUGUAGCUAAAGGCAAUGUUCAGAACAAAUGUGCUUUCAGAAUACAGAAAAGAGAAUGAAUGAAUCCUGGAUGAUUGAACCCGCAAUGAAACAAGUUUUUCACCCCCACUGGUGGAUUGUUUCCCUUCAGAAAAAACAGAUAUUAAGGAUGAAAGGGACACACAAUGACCCAUUAAUUGGAGUACACAUGUUCUCUCAGUGUGCCUCUGUAACUAAGCUCCCCUGUGUCGUGUGAUCCAUGAAGCAGGUACUUGAGGAGACCUAUUGGCAGGUGCUCUGGUCCAAUCAGCUCUCUCUCUGCGCAGCGUCAAGCCACGUUGAAGGUUGGAGGCGCUCUACUUGGUGCGCACUUGUGCACAGAACCCCUCUGAGCGCGCACGGACUCCAUGGAUCAGGGUAAUUUGCAGCACUGUUGACUUUUGUAGAAGCAUCUCCACUGCACAAGCUUGUGUAGGCAAAACACCCCAAACAGCCCUCCACCUUUGGUCAUGACGCAUCUCUGAGAGGGAGGUUAUCUUCUCCAGAAAGAGGAAGGAAAGAGACGGAUCACUUUCUUUUGGUACUGGUUUCUAUUUCUGUCAAGAGAUGAUGUUUUCGUCUGCAGGCAAGCGCUGCUUCACCAUAGAGUCCCUAGUUGCCAAAGAGAGCCCUCUAACAGCUGAGGAUCCCAUCCGUCCGACGGCUUUAAGUUACUCCAACCCGACGACAGAUGCCUUAAUGAACAGUUACCCGGCUCCGGCGGCCAGAUCCCUCUAUCAGAGCCCGGACCUGAUGUUCCCAGAGACGGUUAACCACCCCUCCCUCACCGUGGCUCCUCACCAGCUCGGAGCCUCCCACCUACAGCAUCCGCACUUCUUCGGGCCGCAACACCGUGACCCGCUCAACUUCUACCCCUGGGUCCUACGGAACAGGUUUUUCGGACACAGAUUUCAAGGUAACGAUGUGUCCCAGGACAGCCUGCUCCUCCACGGUCCUUUUGCCAGGAAACCCAAACGCAUCCGGACCGCUUUCUCGCCCUCCCAGCUCCUGCGUCUGGAAAGAGCCUUUGAGAAGAACCACUACGUCGUAGGAGCCGAGAGGAAACAGCUGGCAAACAGCUUGAGUUUAUCUGAGACACAGGUAAAGGUGUGGUUUCAGAACAGGCGGACCAAGUACAAGCGACAGAAGCUGGAGGAGGAGGGACCAGACAACCAGCAGAAGAAGAAGGGAAAUCACCACAUCAACAGAUGGCGCAUUGCCACCAAGCAGGCCAGCUCUGAGGACAUAGACGUGACCUCAGAGGACUAAAACCGUCAUCCAAACUUCCGACAAUGCUGCCCCAAACCCUGCGUCCCCUUCUGACGCAUCAGAGGACCAACACUAUUUAUUAUGUAAAAUUAUUACGUAUAAUUAGACACAUUAGAGGAAGACAAAAGGACUAAAUAUGUGAUCACCACACAUCUUGUCAUCGAGGUGCUAUACUCAAUGACCAUUAUUUAAUGAUCUUUGGUGUGUGACAACCAAAGAUGAAGAGAAACAACAUCAACCUCUAUCAUAGUGUUUGUUUUUUUAUUUUAAAUUGUACAUAGGCCGCUUAUAAAGGGUUGCUUUUGAAAGAA